ACAAAUUCGACAAAAAGACCCACGAUUCCACUAAAAACCAUCUCUCAUAAGCAAUCAGGCCCAGACAGAGCCUAUGGACCAUUUUAUAUUGAAAAAUGGAAAAUAUUGAGUAUCUGAAGCUCCAAGCCACUGCAGGGAAGCUAAUCCACAACUAUGGAGUCCCAAUUAUGAUCACGUUGUUCCUAAAAUGGCUCGCAUCCUUCGUUGCAGUGUCAGGCAUCAUUUUUCUGAUGAUAUUGGAUCGAACGAAAUGGAAGUAUUCAAACAACAUAAAGACUUCACUACUAGCUCCUUAUCUCUUCUCUAGCCUUCCUGUCGUUAUUUUCCAGUUCUUGAGGACCGGGUUUGGGAAAUGGAUCGCUCUCCUCACGGUUGUUCUCAGGCUUUUUCUACCAAACCAUUUUCAUGAAUCGCUAGAGAUCCCGGGUGCAACGAUUCUUCUUAUUGUGGUUACACCGAGUGACAUAGGGGCAGUAUUCAGAGACGACCUGAGAUAUACCGGAGCUGCAGGGAAGCUAAUCCACAGCUAUGGAGUCCCAGUUAUGGUCAUGUUGUUCCUAAGAUGGGUCUCGUCCUUCGUUGCAGUUUUUCUGAUGAUAUUGGAUCAAACGAAAUGGAAGUAUUCAAACAACAUAAUGACUUCACUAUUAGCUCCUUACCUCUUCUCUAGCCUUCCUAUUGUUAUUUUCCAGGUCUUGAGGACCGGGUUUGGGAAAUGGAUCGCUCUGCUCACCGUUGUUCUCAGGCUUUUUUUACCAAACCAUUUUCCUGAAUCGCUAGAUAUCCCAAGUGCAACAAUUCUUCUUAUUGUGACUACACCAAAUGAACUUGUGGAAGCAUUCAGAGACGACCUGAGAUAUACCGGAGGUAGUGUGUGCCUUUUCACGAGCUUUUACCUUCUCGAUAAACACACUAAAGCUUGUGGUGGUUUCAAAAAGUCAUUCACUGAAAAGGAAAAAAUCACUUACACCAUUUGUCUUUUUAUUCUCUCUGUCUAGUGUCUACCCUAUUUUGUCCGCAUUUGCUUUCCUCUUCUACUUAUAAGAACCCAACGAUCUUGCUGAUAUUGUGAUUGGUGAUCUUCAACUAGUCUUGUAAGGUAGCGAGACCGAUCUUGUGUCUUGUUUUUGUUCUUGUUCGGUCGUGAAUAAAAUAUCAAAAUUUUU